AUGGCUGAGCAGAAAAUGCUAAAAUUUGUAGACGUUGAACGGGACAUGCCUGAAAAGCGCAUUCCCAAUUUACGAACAUCUGAUUUCGAUGAGAUUUACCAACAGUACGCCAAGGACAAAGCCGCGGAGCAAUCGAGCCGCUGUAGCCAGUGUGGUGUGCCGUUCUGCCAAGACCACUGUCCGCUGCACAAUAAUAUCCCUGAUUGGCUGAAGUUGACAGCAGAGGGGCGCUUGCAGGAAGCCUAUGAGGUUUCGCAAGCCACGAACCAGUUCCCAGAGAUCUGUGGACGGAUUUGUCCGCAGGAUCGUCUGUGCGAAGGCAACUGUGUGAUUGAGCAAUCUGGGCAUGGCACUGUGACCAUCGGGGCCGUGGAGAAAUACAUCACCGACACCGCGUGGGAAAACGGCUGGGUGAAACCGAUCAAGCCCCAUGCAGAGCGUCCUGAAAGCGUGGGCAUCAUUGGUGCGGGGCCUGCGGGGUUGGCGGCGGCAGACGUGCUGCGCCGUGCGGGCGUGCAAGUGGUGAUUUAUGAUCGGUAUGAUCGUGCGGGCGGUUUGCUGACUUAUGGCAUCCCUGGCUUCAAGCUGGAGAAAGACGUUGUGGAGCGCCGCAAUGAUCAGCUGGGCAAGGGCGGUGUGACGUUCAAGCUGAACUGCAACAUCGGUGAGGAUAUGAGCUUUGCCGACCUGCAGUCCGAGCAUGACGCAAUCCUGAUCGGGACGGGUGUUUACAAGUCCCGCGAUCUGGGUGGGCCAGGUGCUGGGUUGGACGGUAUUGUGCGGGCGAUUGAUUACCUGACAGCAUCUAACCGUCAGAAUUUUGGGGAUAAAGUACCUGAGAUCGAGAGCGGAGAGCUGUGGGCGGAAGGCAAGAAGGUUGUGGUGAUCGGUGGCGGUGACACGGCGAUGGAUUGUGUGCGCACGGCCAUUCGCCAAGGGGCGACCAGCGUGAAAUGCCUGUACCGUCGGGAUCGUGCGAACAUGCCAGGUUCCCAGCGCGAAACCGCGAAUGCCGAAGAAGAAGGCGUAGAAUUUGUGUGGUUGUCUGCGCCCAUUGGGUUUCAUGGUGACGAGGCUGUUACAGGCGUUCAUGUGCAGCAAAUGCGCCUUGGAGCGCCUGAUGUGACAGGCCGCCAAGCACCAGAAAAAAUCCCUGGCGCUGAUUACAUCGAGGAUGCGGAUAUCGUGAUCAAGGCGCUGGGUUUUGAGCCAGAAGAGCUGCCAACGUUGUGGGAUACACCAGAGUUGGAAGUGACCCGUUGGGGCACUGUGAAGGCUGAUUUUGUGACCAAGCGCAUUGCCAUGGAUGGUGUUUAUGCAGCGGGCGAUAUUGUGCGCGGUGCAUCGCUUGUGGUCUGGGCGAUUGCAGACGGGCGCGAUGCGGCGCAGAGCAUUUUGGAAGACCUGAAUGCCCGUGCUGCGGUUGCGGCUGAAUAA